AUGGCUAAAGCUGGGGUAAGUAAUGAUAAUGAGAAUCAUAAAGUAGCAAAAGGAAAAGGGGUGAUGAUGAACGGUGAAGAUGAUGAAAUGGAUCAUAAAAAGAGGAAACUUGAAACACGAGUAUCUGCAGAAAGAGGAAGACGAAGAAAAAUGUCAAAUCUGUAUGCCCAUCUUCAGACCUUGCUCCCCAAUCUCCCACCUCAUCACCCUAAGGUAGCCAAAGCCACGAUAGUGAAAGCGGCUAUGGACUCCAUCCAAUUCCUGGAGCAAACCCUCCAAAAUCUUCAGAAACAGAAGGUGGAGAGGCUUCAAAGUCAUGUAUCCAAGGAUGCUACUGCAGUCGUACCCUUUGUUCCAUCUCAAAAUCAAGUCGUUAAUAACAACGAUGAUGAACCCUUGUUCGUUAACCAGCAGCAGCAGGGUUCGUUAAACGUUUUCGAAACAUGGACAUCGCCUAACGUCACCAUAAGCAUGUGUGGCACCGAUGCCCAUAUCAGCAUCUGCUCUUUGAAAAAGCCUGGCCUUUUCACUACCAUUUGUUUCAUCUUGAAGAAUCAUAAUCACGACAUUGUUUCUGCUCAAAUCUGUUCGGAUGAUGCUAAGACCAUGUACAUGAUUCAUGUUCGUGCGGCCUUGUCUUCCGACUUUUACAUAGCAAUAAGUGUUUCGGAAUCGGAGGUGGACGAAGUGCUAGCAACAAGAGUGUUGUGUUUGUUGGAUGCCAUCCAAGACACAUAUUUUUGUCAUCUUGAUUCAUAUGUUGUUCUGUACAAUCUAGAAUGCAAAAUGGACGAUUACAUGUAUAUAGCAUAA